AUGUCAUCUUAUACGUCCCGUGCGUCUCAUAAAUACAGAAGGGGAUCGAAAAGGGCUUCGAGUUCCUUCAAAGUUACUUCAUGGAGUGACUGGCAAUUGAAUACCGAAAGGCAACAGUGGCAAUCGUAUCGCACCAAUACUCUCGGGGAAACGGAAUGGCAAUAUAGGGACUAUAAAACAGCUUCUAGCGCAUCUAAUGUUCCAAAUAUUCCGAGAUUUGAUGACACGGUAUCGAACGAUAAAACUCAAUACUCAAGGAACAGGAACUACUCAUACGUCGCUACAGACAACAAUGAUGUUGGAGCUUUAACCGGAUCACUGGCGGCUAUUACUUUGGAUUCAAUAGCCGAAUCGGAUCCACCCAUUGUUGCUAGUCUUGCGCAAAACAAUACUUCCACCGAGUAUAAAGACUUCGAUCCUAGUCAGUGCUUCAUUGUCCAACGUAAGAUACGAUUUCCUCCAAUCCGGAUGGUAUCAAUCAACACACGACAUACCCUUAAUGAGGCAUCACGAAUCAACUAUACAAAACUCUAUACCGUUGAGUACAAUGUCAAAGUGUGGUUCAUCGGGAACAUUGAUCGGAAUUUUGAGUCAACAGUGAAAAUAUCUUAUGACAAAGCCAAUCCGCGAUUGAGUUCAUCACCUGAAACAUCUUCAACCAUACCAUACCGAGCGGGUGUCCCCACAUACAGCAAUACUUCAUAUCCUAUGCCAGGUAUUUCUUCCAAUGUUUCUGGUUAUCCCAUUGCGUCAGGCUAUGGCAAUUCCAUGUCUCGAUCAUCACCAUCUUAUGAUACAAGGUAUAAUACCGGAUCCGGUAGCACCAAUUCUUAUGAAGCAUACGGCAGUACAAAACAAAUUCCUUCAACACAGUACUACAAUCCAUCAUCGUACCCUCCAUCCCAAAUAUCCCCACCAGAAUAUCCUCCCUCGCAUUAUCCUACAUCGCAGUAUUCUACAUCACAAUACCCAACAUACACACCAAACACCAACUAG